GGGCCGCGCGGGGCGGCGCUCUGUUGACACUGCUAACAGUUAGCAGAGUUAGCUCCACAGCUAUGGAACACAGCAGCAUUAGAUCGAUGUGUUAUCCCUUAAUGCCACUACUUUAUUAACGAAUCGUGUUCAUUAUAUAGAUAAAUGUUGGAGGCCAUAUUGAUUAUAACCAUAGUUAUCUGCGGUGUGUUUUUCUCAGUUGUUAAAUAAGGAAAGGCUAAAUGGACAAGUUAUGAUGGCCGACUUCACACCGAGACUCGUUCUGCAAUGUCUCCUAUAAUGUGCUUUAAGGGCGUGCUUGGUUCAUAUUCAACAGCUCUCCUCAUGGACGUUGCCUGCCUCUUAUCCGGAUGAUCAGUUAGACAACUUAUUUCCCAAUCUGCAUGCGAUUUGCCUUCCUCUAACGAUAUCCUGCGAUGGCUGUGCAAGAGCCGGGCAGGACAAAAGGAUUCCCUUGCAAACAGUGCAGCCUAGUAUGUCCUAACAUGCCCAGUCUCCUGGAGCACAUGGAGACCCAUCUGCAGGACGACGAGGACCGCAAGUACAAGUGUGACGAGUGUGGGCGGGGUUAUCGCCACGCAGGUAGCCUGGCCAACCACAAGAAGACGCACGAGACGGGUUCUUUUCAAUGUCAGAUAUGUGGCAAGGAGAACUCUAACACGUUGGCUCUGAAGAGCCAUCUCCGAAGUCACACGUCCCAGAAGAAGUACGCCUGCAUGGACUGUGGCAAGGCGUUCCGCCUAGCGAGCCAGCUGGCCACCCAUGAGAGGGUGCACCUCUCCAAGCACGUGAAGGAACAGGCCUUCCGGACGGUGGAGGACGACUGCGAGGAGUCGGACCCCCACGAGGAGGAGGAGCUGUUUGAGCCGUCGGUGGAGAACAGCCCGGAGGAGGACGAGAACGGCCCCCCGGACCACGCCUCCGACGACCCGGGAGACCGCCCCUUCAGGUGCGACCUCUGUGACAAGUCUUACAUCCACUACAGAAGCCUCACCAACCACAAGAGGACUCACCAGACGGGCAUGUUCGAGUGCCCCGUCUGCUUCAAGCUGUUCAACAACAUGGCGGCCCUCUACGGCCACCAGAGGACCCACCGGGGCCGCGGCGGGGACGAGCCGUCCGCCAGCGACGGGCCGUACGCCAGCCCGCCGCCCAGCCACUUCUCCCCUCACACCCAGGACUCCUCGCUCAACUUCUGCCACUUAUGUCAGGUGUUGUUCUCCACCGACGAGGAGUUUCAGGAACACAUCCAGAUGCACAACUCCUCUUCAGGCUCGUACGGCGCCCACGGCGACCCGCACGACCCCCACACCGUCUCCUACGAGAACAGCGUCCACUCGCCCGACUCCAACUUCUACGCGUCGCCCGUCAACAACAUCCCGUCAGUGUCGUCCUCCGCCGAGCACCACGGAGAUUACGACCACCCCGAGCAGAUCUUAAGCAACGGCCAAAUGUUCUCCGACUGCUCUGGGGGCCCGACGCCCGCCCCCAUGGCCCCCAUGGGCCCCCAGGGCCCGCCGCUCCCGGAGGACAACGAGGAGGCGGACGAGGGCCCCGACUCCGGCGAGCGCCGCUUCAAGUGCGAGGUCUGCGGCAAGCGCUACCGCCACUCGGGGAGUCUGAUCAACCACAGGAGGUCCCACCAGGUGGGCAUCUACCAGUGCUCCAUCUGCAGGAAGAGCUACCCCCACCUGGCCGCCCUCAAGAGCCACCUGCGGCUCCACAAGGCCCAGCCGUCCUCCUUCAGCCUCAGCAGCGAGGGCGACUGGCUGUCCUCGGAGCCCCUGACCCUGGAGGCCCACGCCGGCUUCCCCCCGCAGGAAGGGGAGGGCAGCGACUCGGACGGGGUCCUGGCUCCUGAGCAGGAGGCCGCCGGAGACCACGGCCCCUCGUACCAGGAGGCGUUCAGCCAGGGCUUCCCCCAGGGCAGGACGGUGCAUCUGCCUCAGGACCAGCACCUGAUGCAGAGGCACCAGUGCGCCGACUGCGGAGAGACCUUCGCAGACAUCGCAGGGAUCAAGUCCCACGCCUGCCCCCUGCACCAGGGCCACGAGGCCGGCUACAGCGGGGGCUUCGGGGCGAGGAACGGCGAGCGCGCCGCCGGACACCCGGAGGACCCGGUGGACUUCCCGGGCGUGAACGGGAACCACCGGGACCAGAGCUACUUCAGCGAGGAGGCCUUCCACCAACACGCCGGCGGAGAGGACGCCGACGAAGACGCCGACGAAGAAGACGAGGAGGACGGGGACCUGUACCAGUGCUCGGUAUGUGGAAACCGCUACACCAGCAUGAGGGCCCUGCGGAGCCACCUCCGGGGCCACACGCAGGCCCAUGCCACGCCCGGGAGCUCGGGGCCCUCCUCCAUGUCCUCCCACGAGGAGCUGAAGGACGAGGGCGACAUGAUGAUGAUGAUGAUCUGCAGCACGUGCGGUGAGAGCUUCGCCAAGAGGCAGGACCUGCUGGCCCACCAGCUCUCACACAACCCCCCCCAGGCGGAGGUCGGGCCCCCGCACCCGCUCUACGCCGACGGGGCGGACCCCGCGGCGGAGCCCCAGAGCUCCAUCUGCGGCUGCUGCGGCCUGUUCUGCUCCAGCUACCAGCACCUGAAGAACCACGGCUGUGGGGCGGGGGGGAAGGAGGAGCCCUCCGACGGGGAGGACGGGGCCCCGGGGGGCCGCCCCCCCGCGCCCGGCGGGGAGCAGCCGCCCCCCCGCCCGGGCCAGGGGCCGGCGGACGGGGGGCCGGCGGACGGGGGGGCCCGUCAGUACAAGUGUGAGCAGUGCGGGCGCUCGUACCGCCACGCCGGCUCCCUGCUCAACCACAAGAAGUCCCACAAGACGGGCGUGUUCCGCUGCCUGGUCUGCCAGAAGCGCUUCUACAACCUGCUGGCGCUCAAGAACCACCAGCGCUCCCACUUCGACGUGAAAAGGCAUGCCUGUCAUGAGUGCGGAAAGGCGUUCAAGAUCCAGAAGCAGCUGCUGAACCACCUGAGGAGACACAAGGAGAACCAGGCCAAGAUCCAGGAGCUCAACACCCAGAUCCAGGCCCUCAUGCAGCGCAACGGGCCGCAGGAGGCCGGGCCGCAGCGCCGCCUCGCCCAGCGGGGGCCCAACGCCGCGCGCCGCCGCCGUCCGGCGGCCCGCGGGCCGGGUGGCGGCGUCAAGGCCGAGGGCGUGGCCGUGGCCGCCGCGUCGGAGGGCCAGGGCGACCUGCGGCCGUUCUCCUGCGACCAGUGCGGCCGGACGUACCGCCACGCUGGCAGCCUGGUCAACCACAAGAACUCCCACAAGACGGGCGAGUACUGCUGCUCGGUCUGCAGCAACACCUACCCCAACCAGCUGGCCAUGAGGAACCACCUGCGCACACACUUCGCCUACAAGAAGCACUCGUGUCCCAGCUGUGGGAGGGGCUUCAGGGGGAGGAAGAUGCUGCUGAGCCACGUGUGCGGCCGGCGCAGGAAGGAAGGGCUCAAAGGCCGCAGGCCGCUCAAAACCCCCACCUCCAAGUGCAAGGACUGCAAGCAGAGCUUCCCCUCCGCCCAGCAGCUGGCCGCACACGCCUGCGACCAGCCCGACGACGACGGGGAGGGGCCCGGCGGGGCCGCCCCCCUCAAGCAGGAGCGGCCGUUCACCUGCAGCGUCUGCAACCGCAGCUACAGGCACGCCGGCAGCCUGCUGAACCACAAGAACACGCACAAGACGGGGCACUUCAGCUGCAGCGUGUGCUCCAAGCCCUUCACCAACCCUAUGGCGCUGCGCAACCACACACGCAUCCACACGCAGACCAAGAAGUACGCCUGCCUGACCUGCGGCAAGGCCUUCCGCCUGGCCAGCAUCCUGCACAACCACCACAAGACCCACAGCCGCGCGGCCGCCGUCUUCAGCUGCCCCCAGUGCGGCAAGGGCUUCCAGGGCCGCUCGGGCCUCAAGCGCCACCGCUGCCAACGCUCCCAGGAGAGCACGCCGCGCGCCAGCGGCCAGGACGCCGCCGCCGACAAGUGCUUCAUGUGUGACCUGUGCGGCCGCUCCUACCGCCACGCGGGCUCCCUCCUGAACCACAAGAAGAGCCACUCGGAGGCGCUGCACCACUGCACCAUGUGUCUGCAGACCUUCCCCGACCCGCUCACCCUCCAGAUCCACUCCCAGAUGAAGCGCCACUGCUGCCCCGAGUGCGGCAAGACCUUCUGCCUCAUCUCGCACCUCCAGAGCCACAUGGACGUCCACGCCAAGGACCGCACCCCCGUCUGCAGCCCGGCCCAGCAGAGCUUCUCCAGCCCGGGGGGCUACGGCGCCCCCCCGCCCCAGGGCCCCUACCUCCAGCAGGGGCUACAGGGCGCCCCCAACGCCGGCCGCUACUGGAACCCGGGCAUGGACGAGAGCCUGGACGGGCUCCCCAAGCUCAUCCCGCCGCUAGCCCACCUGGGGCCGGAGGGGGCGGAGCCGGAGGAGGGCGGCGGGGAGAAGAGCCACGUGUGCGACCACUGCGGCCGCACAUACCGCCACGCGGGCUCCCUGCUCAACCACAAGAACAGCCACAAGACGGGCGCCUUCUUCUGCGCCGUGUGCCAGAAGGAGUUCACCAACCUGAUGGCGCUGAAGAACCACCGCCGCAUCCACACGGAGCCCAAGCGCUACCAGUGCCUGGAGUGCGGCAAGGCGUUCCGCGUGUCCACCCAGCUCAUCUGCCACCGCCGCAUCCACACCAAAGAGAAGCCCUUCGCCUGCCUGCUCUGCGACAAGAGCUUCUCCAGCAAGUCCAACCUGCGGCACCAUCAGAAGAUGCACCAGAACGCCCAAGCCUACGAGGCCUUCAGCAUGGACGCCAACAGCUUCAUGGACCUGGACAUGGCCUCCUUCCUCUGAGCCGCCACGCUGAAGGCUGAUGUUCAUCUUCCUAUCGACAAUUGUAAAGACUGAACCCGUUCUUCAGGGGUGCGCCUUGGGGCCCAGCAAAAAUUCCAUUUUUAAGACUCUUCUUGAUUCUAUAGAAACGAUCAAGUCUUACCUCUCCCUGAUUGGUCCACACAGAGGGCCCCUCCCCCCAGCCCCCCAGAGGGUGGCGGUCGGUGGACCACCUGACACUCUUCAUUAACACGGUACCUCUGACCUCCUGAUCAGAACCUCCUCCCAGUGCCUCUUUGGGAGUCGUUCCUCUAGAUCUAGAGGACAUAGAUCAGAUAGCUCUAUCAUGUAUAUUCCUGCUCCAGGGGUCUGAGGUCUCCUCUUAGCUCCCCGGCUCCUCUCAGUGACAUCAUAUACAAAAUGGAUGUAUUUAAUAAUUUAUUCCUGUUCUACUGAUUUCAUUUCUUUCAUUGUAUGUUUGUUCGAUAGAACCUUUUUAUGAAUGUUUUAAGAGAACAGAAGCAGUCUUUUCUAGGUGAGACUCCGUAGCCUUUGAGCUGCCGUCCGUCAGGAGGUGGACUCAGUCCCGUUAAGACAGAAGGCAGACCCCCAUGAGCAACACUCAGGAAGCCUUCUGAAGGGACGCGCCUGAUGGGAACAUGUAGAUAAUGACAUUAGAGGAAUGGGAUGGGAACCAUUUCCCUGGGCUCCAUCUCGUCUGUCCGUCUCGUCUGUCCGUCUGUCUCCCUCCCCGGUUGCAUGCUCUUCCCUUCGCCCUCGCCAAAUGGUUUUGAGUUGAUGAUCGUUUUAUCAGACGUUCCAGUGCCUCCGAUGUCGGGCAGUUGUAGCAAAUCACCAUCGGGUUCAAGUGUCAAAUGAUCUCUGAGGCUUUUGGUUUUGUUGAAUUCCUCUAUUGUACUCCUCGCCAGUUGUCAUCCUCUCAGAUGCAACGCUUGGCCUCACAGGCUUUCUUCCGUCACUCAAAAUGUUUUGUACCCUUUAGUUCUGCUGGUUGAUGCAUUUCCUAUUAUGCUUGGGAAUUAUUUUGAAGAGGAAGAGCCAGUAUUCUGCUUGGUUUCACUCCUCGCCUGACAAGGGCGCGUUAUUGUGGAGUUUGGUUUGAAAACGCCAAAUGAGCCGAGUGCCUGUCCAUCCAGUGUUUCUUUGACACGUUUUGUCUUGUGAAUGAGAAGGCAGAUCAGACUUUACUUUCAAAUGGAGAACAAAACCAUUUGCUUUACUUUAUGCCUUACUCUUUCCGUUUAUUAUGAAUAUAUACAUAUGUUGGUCACUGCUCAGAUGUAUAAAGAUACCUCAUUGAAACCCUGCCUACCUAGUAACUUAUCCUGCGGCCACAUGGACCCUCCUGCUAGAAUAUCCACUGUAAUCACGACCCCAGAUCGUCUUCAGAGUCCGCCUCGUAGAUCACCCAUCAUGCUCCCAUCUGGGCGCCUGCUGCCAUUUAUUGGAUUACAUUUUUUGCUCUGAGAUUUUUGGGUUCUUCAAAGUUUCAAAUUUGCACAGGAAGUGAUCUGUAGCCUGUAGAGGACUGCGUCAGGGUGUGUGAAUAAGGUGCCAAUGCAUUUCCCCUGAGGAAGACGUGAGCGGCUGGCCACCGGUCCUAUUAAAGCAAUACUAUGACGGCUCUAUUCAGUACGUAAGCACAUAUGUUGAAUGUCUUUCCACUGUAUUGAGUACAAUGACCAAACCCCCGUGUACACUUGAUAAAGACGACUGGUCUGCUAGAUGGUGUUCCUCAUGCAUGGUGAGACCCCUGCAGGGCCCUACGCCCACUCAGAGGGGGUCGGCCCGGUGGAAGGCCCUCGGACACUAGCUCCUGCUGUAGCAACGCGCUGUGGAGCUCGUUUAAAACGCAUGUUGUCAGACCCCCACGGCGCCCCAGUAGUUUAGCAUCACGGUGUCGUGUUCAGGGUCCGUUGGAGGCUGUAUGUGGGUGUAAAUAUGGAGGGAUGGGGUGGGCCGUUCAUCUUACCCAGGAAGAGUGUCCUUUGCACAGGGAAACUAGUUUAGAUAUGGUGUAACUAAAAGAAAAAGCAUAUACCACACAUUCUGAUUUGUCCAAUUUUCAGUGUUCAGAAACCGAGUCUGCUCAAUAUUUAAUUCAUAUUUAUAUAACUAUUUUGUCACUUUGAAGCGUAGAUUUUUACUUCUUUAGUAGGAUUAUGAACUUAGUUUAGAAUAUAAACAGGUUAUGGAACAAUAGCUGUAAAAAUUUAAUUGAAAAUAAACAAUCCAAACAACA